GCUGUUAUUGGUGUUCCCUGAGACAAACGUCAUGUUCUUGAGCAGCGCCCGUAGCAAUUGACGAAGACUGACAACCCACUAUACUGUACGUACAAGUUGACCAAGACCGUAGAAGAGAUGCGGACGAAUUUACACCAGUCGCACGUGCGGUUUUUAUUCGGUUAAGUCGUUAACUGGAAGUUAGUAAUGUUUUUAAACGCGGAUUAUUCUUAAUUCAAAGAGCUGAACGUUACACAGGGCCGACUAUUCUUAAAAACGGGCAACGCAGUUCAGCACCAGAGCUGUCCGAGCCUCGGCUCCUCCGCAUGAGCCUCGUCAUACUCUCACACUAACAGCCCCACGACUUUUAAAACUGCUUUAUCAUUUAUAUUUGCCCAUUUACUUCAAUCAUUCUGGGCAUCUUAGUUUUGCGAGGGGAAAAAACAACUGUCAGAAACACAUACUUUUAAGCCAAGCGGAGCUUGAAAUGAGGUGUUGACGGCGAAGGAGACUGGGGGGAAAAAUCAAGUCACGGAGCGCCGUCCGCUUUGGUCUCAGACAUGGGUGUCCUGAUGUCCAAGAAGCAGCAGGUGGAGAAGGUGAGGAAGUGCAGUGCGGUAGUUACAGUAUUCAAGGAGGGAAUAACCAACCGACCACCUCAAGCUAGUUACGCUGAUACUGAAGACCACACUAAUCCCACUGAGGGGCCUGAAAGCUCUGAAACAGACCAGAAGGAGGAAGAGGAGUCAGACAAUGGCAGAAAACAAAUGGCCCCUGUGACACAGCAGGUGUCAUCAUCAGUCAAUCAGGAAGCCUGGUCUCGGCUGCUUGACGGCAAAGGGGUGGAACCAGAGGAUCUUAAAAAAACCAAUCAGCUUGUCCCUCCAGCCUUCAUCCGGCCAAAACGGGACAUCAAUGAUGACCAGCCAGUCAAAAGUGACCUAUAUCAGAGAGAAGAGCCCACUAAUGAUGAGAUGUGUGACGUCUGCGAGGUGUGGACCGCAGAUGACCUGUACCCUUGUCGGAUCUGCACCCGAGUCUUCCACGACGGGUGCCUGCGAGAGAUGGGCUAUCUGAGCAAGGAGAAUCUGCAGGAGAUGAGGGACACUGCACACACCACCACAGGCUGGAGCUGCUACUACUGUGACAAUGUCAACCUCCUUCUCACAGAAGAAGAGAUGUAUAGUCUCAUGGAAACCUUCAAACAGUGUAAGAUCAUUCCAGAGUCAUGUCUUGGGUCGGAUGGUCUUCUAUACUACAAGCACUUUGUGUUCAAGCAGCUUUUUGAGAGGGAACUGUCAGAUGAGCAGGAGGAGGAAGUCCUGGCCCAAUAUGCCAGUUUGGACACUGAGAAGAAGGGCCACAUCGAGUGGUCUGACUUCCUGUACCAUGAAUCCUUGGGGGUCCUGAAGAAGUUCCGAACUCAGAAUUCAUUGGUCAGGUUGCUGACAGCCAAAGAGAGAGAUCGAGCGAGGUUGGUUUUUUUCGGCCUGGACCAAGAUAAAGAUGGAUUCAUCACUAUGUGGGAGACCCGCAGAGUCCAAACAUCCUGGUUCCAGAAACAUACUAAGGAGUCACAGUCCUGCAGUGUUAGUAUCAGUCACGUCGGGCCCAUAUCAGAGAGCAGCCCCGCCAGCUCUGGGAGUGAAAAGAGCAGAGGGAAGAUGUUUCAUUCUGACAAGGACCAAAACAGCAGACUAGUCGGCUGGCAGGAGUUUCUGAGAGAGAGUGCGAUCUACAUCCUGGCUGCCCGGCCCAACAGUCCCUCACUGCACCUCCUUCCUCCGGCCUAACUGUGACUGUCCCGAGGGUGAGGUUUUGUGUGCUGGGGAGGGGUGUCACAAUGAGGCAGAACACAAUGGGAUGACAGGAAACACCAAACUUAUGAAAACAAGGAGUUUCUUAUUUCCAUUUUGUGAACAAUGUGUGUUAACUGGAAUCACCACAGGUAGAUGAUGACAGUAAAAUAUUUAUAACAAAAUUAUAUAUAUAUAUAUAUAAACAUUGAUACCUUUUCUAAUUUUGAGGUAGUGCAUUUGUUAUAAAAGAUUUAUUUAACAUCGUAACAUGUAUGGUAGUCUGCUGGGAGAUCAUUAGUAAUAGAUGUUCAUGUCUAUUAUAUCUCAAUAAAUUAAAACUACUUCAGUAUUAAAGCACAUAAAUACAGACCCUUUUACUUUGACACUACAUAUUAUGUGUCACCUUUGCACUUUUUAAAAACUUUUCCUAGAAAAGAAAAACUUUAAAAUGGAGGAAUGUCGUUAUGUGUAAUACAGAGCCUAAUAUACGUUUGAUUAAUGUGCAGCAUUUCAAUUUACACAUCAGUUAUUAAAUAAAUUGAUGAUACAAGUAUUUCCAGUA